UGGAUCCAAGUAAAAGUGCACAAGAUGUCAUCCGAUGUGACCUUUGUGAGGACGCUAUAAUGCAAAUGUACUGUGAUUUCUGUCAAGUUAACCUGUGCAUUUCUUGCACAGGAAAGCAUAUUUCUGAUGAUUAUGAUAAACACAAAGUUGUCCCAGUCCAGCAGAGGAAAUCAACCUUGAUUUAUCCUAAAUGUAUCGCACAUCAAACAAAAAGCUGCAAAUAUUACUGUGAAGAAUGUGAUAUUUCUGUAUGUUCUUUGUGUUCUAUAAUAUCUGAUACACACAAGGGGCAUACAAUUUCAACUCUCUCAGAUGUCUAUAAUGCGAAGAAAGAAGUCAUUGAAAAUGAUACAGAAGCUCUGGAAAACAUAAUUUCUCCAACGUAUGAAGAAGUAGCAACAGACAUAGAAACUCAAAUAGCUAACUUGGACGAAGAAUAUGAGAAACUUACCACAACAGUGACGGAACAUGGAGAAGACUGUCACAGAGUAAUCAGUAACAUUGUGGAUAAAAUGAAAGUAGAGAUUGAAGAACUAAAAAUUAAACACAAGAAUAUUCUGAAAGAACAUUUGGAUGAAAUCAAACAAAUACAAUAUCGUAUUGAACAAACACUGCUUAACCUGUAUAGAAUUGAAGACUCUAAGGAAGUGUUUCUAACCAUGGAAUACAUCCCUCAAACAGAAGAAUUUAGCAGACUUCCUCCCAAAGUCCAAGUUUCAUUACCAAGGUUUAGUUUAAAGACAAUAGACACAGAUCAGUUUUGCACGCUGUUUGGAUAUUUGACACCUUUAUACAACACAACAGAAGAAAAUGGAUACAAGCUGAAGAAACCAGUUACACUCAGCAGAAACUUUCUAGAGGAACCAAACCUUAUCACUACUAUAAAUACCGGGUACGACAAUCUCCGCUGUGUUACCUGCUUUGAAGAAGAAGAAAUCUGGACAAUAGCAAGUGAUGUCAGUGAUUUGAAAUGCUUUAGUAUUCAAGGAUCACUUAUAAAGUCAAUUAAAAUAAAAUCAGUGGAAUCACCAUAUGAUAUAGCAGUGACAAAUGUUGGGGAUCUAGUUUACUCUGACUGGGGAACAAGCACUAUAUAUAAAGUAACUAAUGAACAGAUAGAGGAGGUAAUCAGAUUUCAGGACUGGACACCUUUACAACUCUGUGUCACCUCGUCUGGCGAUCUCCUGGUUACCUUGUACAGUGAUGAUCAGACACAAUCCAAAGUUGCGCGUUACUCAGGCUCCAUAGAGAAACAAACCAUCCAAUUUGAUGAUGAGGGUAAACCUUUAUAUUCAGGAAAUACAAUUAUGAAAUACAUCACUGAGAACAGAAACCUGGAUAUCUGUGUGGCUGAUUGUGGAGCUGAAGCUGUAGUUGUGGUUAACCAGACCGGAAAACUCCGGUUUAGAUACACCGGUCAUUCUUCUACUGCAAAGUGCGCGCCAUUUGAACCUUAUGGAAUAACAACAGACAGUCAGAGUCAUAUCUUGACAUCAGAUUGUAAUAACCACUGUAUUCAUAUCUUAGACCAGAAUGGAGUGUUCCUCUGUUAUAUAGAUAACUGUGACCUGAAGAAUCCGUAUGGUAUAUAUGUGGAUAAAAGAGACAAUCUGUUUGUGGCAGAGUAUUACAGCGGUGAUGUUAAGAAAAUCAAAUAUGUGAAGUGAAAAUU